UUUUGUGAGCUUCCACUUCUAGAUUUUUCCCAAAUUUAUUGUUAAUUCUUUUGAGAUACAAUGUCAGUGUCCAGUGUAAAUUCGAGCAAUGAAUCCGUUUUACGCAAUCAAUUCGCUUCCUCAAUCGAAUUGGAAGUCGACAAUGCAAAGCCCUCAUCGGAAACCGAAUUGGGGAGCAGCGACGUCGAUGUCGCCCUCCCAGAUUCGUCCAGAAGGAGCUCCGCUGUCGCGUUUUUAAAUUACAUGCGGGAAUGUAAGCGCCGGUUUGGAUCCAAGCACCUUGGGCAAGGGUUUGCAAAUGCCGCGACGCAGCGUUGGAGGACGAUGUCCCCAGAGCACCGAGCCCGGUACCGACGGUCCGGAUAUCAAUCUGCCAGCUCCAUUAAGCCAAGCAAGAGCAGCCUGCUCUGCUGGGAAGAUAAUGACUUAGACAGCACGGCAGCUCUUUCAGUGGUUCCUUCGGGUUUCUCCCUGGACGAGGUGGACAGUGACAUGAAACGCAAAAGUAAGCGCAGCUGCGGCAAGUCUAAGCGAAAGAAGUCGGCUUGUGGCAAGCGCAGACGCAGGAAGUCCGCUUGCAAGAAACGCAAGAGCCGCAAGUCUAAGAAAAGCUGCUCGAAGCCACGCCGCCGCAAGUCCCGCAAGGCGAAGUGCAAGAAGGGUGGGGAUCCCCACUAAGGUGGUAUUGGACCAGAGAGAAAUUACUGUACAUUCGCACAACGGGCGGGGAAACCUCCAACCUGUCUCGAUUUGGACCUGAAGAAGCGGCACCUGGGACAAAGUCGCGAGCGAUGAUCCGCGAUUCUAAACCUCUGCCGCUGCCCAGCUAAGAAAAGGAGCUUCAAAGCAUGGGAGGCCCCCAACCACCUAUAAGGGACACAUCGACGUCUUACCACCCACCAAUAAAUGUGUGUUUUCUUAACCUGCUCUAAUUUCUGUUUCAAUUUAGUCCGAUACGGGAAUUUGUCCAAGAAGGAUCGCAGGGGCCCUAGAGGAUGAACUGUCUCGGAGAACUAGGCUUCAAACAAGAGGCAUGAACGGACUGUUGAUGCUGAUCAAUACUAUAUAUACUUUAUGGGGUCGGAAACCCUUCAUUCUGGCUGUAACAUGCACGUCCACAAAUCCAAUAUAUAUCCCUAAACUCUUCGAGUACCGGCUACAAAAGGAAAACAUUGUCCAAACGGAUUUUAAAUAUUAAUUUAUUAGAGGAACGUAUUCCUUCGGCCAAAUCACUUUUUGAAGCAUGCGGAAUCUGCAAGCGGAAUGGAAUGGGAAAUGCAUGAAAUCCGAAUGCAGAUUGCAAUCUGGUAAUCAAUGGGAAUUUAGAAAACUGAAAUCGAUUUAGCUUGCAGCCGACUAAAGCCCCUCCGUCAAAGCGUAUCGGGAAUGCAGAAAAAAGAGGAAUCAAUUUGCAUUCGACUUAAUUACUAGUGAGUGCUGGUGCGGUAGCCUGCCGCAUCUAAACCCACGAAUAGGCCGCCGCAGUGCAUGCAAUCAGCACUAUCAAAGGCAUUUAAUUGCCAUAAAUCUGGAAAAGUUGUUAAAACCCAUUUAAAAUUGUCACCAAAAUGUAACGUUCAACUGCUGGCUCACUGGCAUUUAUCCAACUAUCUGCCAGCCGCCAUCCGCUUCUCUCCGCUUCUCUCCACUGUACAUCACUCAUCCUCUGGCGGAUUCCACUCCUCCAUCCAAUCUACGUCUUGGUUGAGCUAAGGAGCUUGGCCUGUAACUGGCAGCAUGUUUCCUGCUUCCUGCUCCUUGCUUCUGUUCUCCUGUUGAGCUUCAGUUUUAGGCUGCACUCUCAAUUGCAGUGGCUUUCGU